AUGAAGUGCACUCAUCAUUAUAAAUAUCCAAUUAUUUCGAUAUGUGUUGCUUGUCACAAAUGUGAAUUUUAAAGACAACUGUUCUUGGAAUGCUAACAAAUCCAUAGAGAGAAUUUCUAAAAUAUAAUUCCUCUCAAUAUAUUUUAUGAGAAGACUGCCUAGAAAUUAAAUCAAUAUAAGCUUGAUGCAACUGAGUUAAAUACAUAAAGAAAAGCUUUUUAAUCUAUGCUUUCUCAAACUCAAUCUAAACUUAAGAAUAUUUGGGAUGAUUUAUCAGAUUCAAUUUAAAAAAUAUACAAUUUGAUUGAAUAAGAAAAUGAAUUAAACAUUAAUCUUUUAAACAACAAUAUAAUAGCAGAAACUUCAUACACUGAUUUAGAAAAAUUAGUCUCUAUUGUAGUAGGGAAUUCAAUAAUUGAUCGGGUUAUCGAAAGGAAUUCAAAGAUAAAGUUAUUAGAAAAAAUUAAGAAUGGAUGGAACCAUGGAUUUGAGCUUUGUAUAAAAUUCUAAUAAAAUAAUAGAAAAGAUUGAGUUUAUUCAUAAAAGGGCAAAUUGGAUGGUCAUAGUAAUCGUCUUGAUACUGUAUGCUUCUCACAAGAUGGAACUACUUUAGCAUCUUAUAGCGAAGAUAGGUCAAUCCAUUUAUGGGAUGUAAAGACUGGUUAACAAAUUUAACCUUCAGAUAUAAAAUACAAAGAUCUUAUAGCAUAAUUUAAAUUACCCUUAAACUAAAACAUCCCACUUGCAGAUGGUAUUAAUGUUUUAUUUAAUUUUAGUAACGUCCUCUAUCAAUGUUCUCCUAAGAUCCUAAAUGA